ACCACUACAGAAGCCUUGACCACUACUACUGAAGCACCAACAACUACCACAACUACUGAAACUCCAACCACUACAACAACUACACAGGCACCAACAACUACCACUACAGAAGCCUUGACCACUACUACUGAAGCACCAACAACUACCACAACUACUGAAACUCCAACCACUACAACAACUACACAGGCACCAACAACUACCACUACAGAAGCCUUGACCACUACUACUGAAGCACCAACAACUACCACAACUACUGAAACUCCAACCACUACAACAACUACACAGGCACCAACAACUACCACUACAGAAGCCUUGACCACUACUACUGAAGCACCAACAACUACCACAACUACUGAAACUCCAACCACUACAACAACUACACAGGCACCAACAACUACCACUACAGAAGCCUUGACCACUACUACUGAAGCACCAACAACUACCACAACUACUGAAACUCCAACCACUACAACAACUACACAGGCACCAACAACUACCACUACAGAAGCCUUGACCACUACUACUGAAGCACCAACAACUACCACAACUACUGAAACUCCAACCACUACAACAACUACACAGGCACCAACAACUACCACUACAGAAGCCUUGACCACUACUACUGAAGCACCAACAACUACCACAACUACUGAAACUCCAACCACUACAACAACUACACAGGCACCAACAACUACCACUACAGAAGCCUUGACCACUACUACUGAAGCACCAACAACUACCACAACUACUGAAACUCCAACCACUACAACAACUACACAGGCACCAACAACUACCACUACAGAAGCCUUGACCACUACUACUGAAGCACCAACAACUACCACAACUACUGAAACUCCAACCACUACAACAACU